GGAGUAUGAAUCUCAAUGAGGUGAAGAUGGGAAAGAUAGCAUGUUGUGACAAGAAUGGAGUGAAGAAAGGGGCAUGGACACCAGAGGAAGACCAAAUCUUAGUCAACUACAUCAAACGCCAUGGUCAUGGCACCUGGCGUUCUCUUCCUAAGCAUGCUGGUUUACUUCGAUGUGGAAAAAGUUGUCGGCUUCGAUGGACAAAUUAUCUUCGUCCUGGUAUUAAGCGUGGUCCCUUCUCUCAAGAAGAAGAGAGCACUAUAAUCCAACUUCAUGCCAUGUUUGGUAACAGGUGGGCUGUUAUAGCAUCUCAGAUUCCAGGAAGAACAGACAAUGAGAUAAAGAACUAUUGGAACACUCAUUUGAAGAAGCGUGGCAUUUGCUCGGCUGAAAACCUCCAACACAGCUUGCUCUUAUGUCAAUCUGAUAAUCCAAGCCAUAACAAGGACCAAGUAUCCCCUUUAACUCGCCACUCUAUACAAUGGGAGAGUGCUAGAUUAGAAGCUGAGCUGAGACUUUCUAUGGAAUCAUCACAACUUAGCUCAUCGACUAAUAAGAUUGCAGAUCACUUCCUACUCCUGUGGAAUUCAGAGAUUGGAAAAUCAUUUCGCCAGAUCAAAUCAAAACAUGAAGACAUGUACCGAAGCCAUGUACCCGAAAUAACUUCCACUGCGAAAUUCGGGUCAAGUUCUUGUGUGCCUAUACAAGCAGGAAACAUAAACAACAAUCACUCAAAUAAAAUGAUUCAACAAGAAGAAGAUGGCUAUAAACCAAAUACUGAUUCCAACUCAUCUAGCCUUUGUGAACUGUCUGAUUUUACUAAUACAGUUUCUGAUAUGCUGCUAGAUUCCCCAGUUGGCUUUGAUCUGGAUUUCUUUCAAGGAAAUGAAGAUGGUUUUGCCAUCUCCCUUGACAGAUCACCUGAUAACUCUCUUAUGUUUUAGCUCAUUAUUAGGCUAUCUUCAGUGUUAGAUGUUUAAACUUAGAAUAUAUAUAUAUGUGUGUGUUUAGCCUUUAGGUUACUAAAAAUGAUACGAGAACUUCUAAACUUCUAAUGUUUAGAAGUCAUUUCAAUGGAAGUUCUUUCUUGCUGUGUGUUUUAGUU